AUAGAACGAUGGCUCCGCAUCCAGUGAUGGGAUCGUAGAGUGUUGCUGUCUGCUCGUGCGUGUGUGUGUUAUGUGAAAAUAUACAAACAAUAUACUAAGAAUAGAUGCGCGUUAGUGCACAGAGGAGGAGCACAGUUUGUUGGUCAUCUUAAAAAUAGACGAGAGAAGAUGAUGGUGCGGUGUCUGGUGGCCGUCCUCCUCGCGGCCGUGUUCGCGCUGCAGACGACGGCCUCUUCGGUGGUGUCGUCCACCCAUCCGGAGAACGGUGAACCGGAGGGAAGAUGCGAGGAAAUAACGAUACCGAUGUGCAGCGGAAUCGGAUACAAUUUCACGAGGAUGCCGAACGAGUUGAAUCACGAUAACCAGGAGGAAGCCGGUCUCGAGGUCCACCAGUUCUGGCCUCUGGUCGAGAUCAAAUGUUCGCCGGAUCUGCGGUUCUUCCUGUGCUCGAUGUACGUGCCGAUCUGUCUGAAGGAUUACAUGAAACCGUUGCCGCCGUGCCGUGAUCUGUGCAGGAGGGCGCGCGAAGGAUGCGAACCCAUCAUGCAGCAGUACGGCUUCAAGUGGCCGGAUCGUAUGGAAUGCGAUCAGUUCCCGGUGCAGGGAGCGUCGCAGGAGGAACUCUGCAUGGAUCAAGCACAACCGGAUUCGCACGGACCUCCGCCACCACCGCCACCACCCUCGAAACCGGUGACGCCGAAACCGCCGAAACAAAACAAGAAAUGUAAGGAUCCAAAAAACUGCGCGGAUCCCCCAGGGGACAACAACAACAACAAAAACAGGCAGCGAGGAAAAGAGUGCAGCUGCAAGUGCCAGACACCUCUGGUGCCCCUGGGGAAGGACUCACCACUGUACAACCGAAGCGUGGCCGUGGGGGGCGUCGCAAACUGUGCCCAUCCGUGCCAGGAGACGUUCUUCAAUCCAGACGAAAAGGAGUUCGCCGCCGUGUGGAUAACACUUUGGUCGGGCCUGUGCGCGGCCUCAACACUAAUGACACUGAUCACCUUCCUCAUUGAGACGGAGAGAUUCAAGUAUCCGGAAAGACCUAUAGUCUUCCUCUCCGCUUGCUACUUCCUCGUCUCCGUUGGGUAUCUAGUGCGCGUCGGAAUCGGACACGAGAAGAUCGCAUGCGAUGGACCCAUAAUCAGAUACUCUUUGGACUCGCAAGGACCGAGCAUGUGCACUCUAGUGUUCCUUUUGGUUUACUUCUUCGGCAUGGCCUCCUCCAUCUGGUGGGUCGUGCUCGCCUUCACCUGGUUCCUGGCUGCUGGAUGCAAAUGGGGUAACGAGGCGAUCGCUGGAUACGCACAGUACUUCCACUUAGCAGCGUGGCUAAUCCCUACUGUGCAAACUGUGGGAGUUUUACUCUCUGGAGCAGUCGACGGAGAUCCAGUGUCGGGAAUCUGCUACGUCGGAAACAUGAACAUGGAGAAUCUACGCACGUUCGUCCUGGCUCCUCUCCUAGUCUACCUUCUGGUGGGCACGAGCUUCCUCUUCGCCGGUUUCGUGUCUCUCUUCAGGAUCCGCUCAGUGAUCAAGAAGCAGGGUGGAGCAGGCGCCGGAUCCAAGGCAGACAAACUCGAGAAACUCAUGAUCCGAAUCGGCAUCUUCAGCGUCCUCUACACAGUCCCAGCGACCAUCGUCAUCGGAUGUCACCUCUACGAGAACACCUACCACAACGAGUGGCUCUCCGCCAUGGCCUGUCCAUGCCAGGUCCCACAUCUUCGCUCUCGCCCCAAACCUCUGUACUCGGUGUUGAUGCUCAAGUAUUUCAUGGCUCUGGCCGUCGGCAUCACUUCGGGCGUCUGGAUUUGGUCCGGGAAGACUUUGGAUUCGUGGAGGAGACUGUGGAGAAGGAUCAUCGGAAGACCCGAUCCUUCUGGAGCCGGAGCAGUGCUGAUCAAGUCGAGACCGGGAGGAGGAGGAGGAAAAGCACCGCCGCAGUAUCUCGUCGCAGGACCGGGGAGCGCUUCGCUGUUGGGACCUGCUGGAAGCGUCGCUUCUGCCAGUCAACAUCAUCUGCAUCACCACGUCCUGAAGCAGCCGCCGCUUAGUCACGUAUGACAGGCGGGCGAAGGGGCCGCGCCCGUCGUCAUG